AUGUUGCGCAAUCGAUUGGUUUUGAAUACUAUUCGACAAUUGCAAGCAUAUACCUAUUCUAGUGAUAGUACUAAGCAUGUAGAUACGACUUAUAUGGAGAUUCCUCUUUAUGAUGUAGAUAAACCACAGCCACUAGAAAAAAGGAAGGCAAGACUUCAUUACCAGUCUCGUAAAAGGGGCAUGUUAGAAAAUGAUUUACUACUUAGUACUUUUGCUAAGAAAUACUUAGAUGGAUUUACAGAAAACCAAACAAUGAUGUAUGAUCGAUUAAUUAAUUCUCCAAGCAAUGAUUGGGAUAUUUUUUACUGGAUUGUGGAAAAAAAACCGACACCAAAAGAGUUUGAUAAUGAAGUUAUGCAUCUUCUCAAAAAGCAUGCUAAAAAUGAGAAUAAAGUUGCUCUGUCACAGCCUCCACUUUAU